UAAUCUUAGGGGCCUUUAGACCCUUUAAGCCAAUAAAUAUUCAUUAGAACGUUAACAGGAAAAACCAAAUUGGAGGGAAAAGCACAAAAGAGAGAGACACCGGAAAUAAACUUCCCGGCGGCGGAGGCUACGGCGGCGGAUACAGAGUUUCCGCAGUCGGAAAAAGAUGAGGGGAAACACACGCCAUCGCAGUUCAUGCGCUGCUUGCAAGCAACUCAAGAGAAGAUGCGAUGCACCCUGCAUUCUUGCUCCACAUUUCCCACUGACCAAGACUCGAGAAUUCGAAGCGGUUCGCAAGGUUUUCGGCACCAACAACAUCAUCAAGAUGCUCUCCGAUCUCGACCCACAAGGAAGAAUCGAAGCUGUGAAAUCGCUCGAAUGGGAAGCGUUGAUGUGGCAGAACGACCCUGUUCAUGGACCUCUCGGUGCUUUCAUGCAACUCCAACGGAAACAGCAGCAAGAAUCGGGUCUCAAUCUUGAGCUCAAAUUGAUGUCCCAGUUGCAAGAUUCAGCAGUGGAUCGACCUAGCCAAGAGGGUAAUUUUCAAUCUUGUGAUGGGAACAAGGUUAAUGCAGAAUUGGGAAUGGAAAUUGGGGAACUAGGUCAAGAUGGAAAUUCUGACUCUGAAGUUGAAAGGGGUAAAGAGGAUAGUGCAAUUGAAGGCAAUGUUGAUCAAAGCAGUGGAAGGACCCAAAGCUAAAUUUCAGCAUGUUAGACCAUAUGUGAAUAGUAGAGUGAAGCAGGUAGCAGAUGAAGGAUUUUCCACAGGAGAAAAAUGUGUAUAUACCUUGACAAGACACUUACUUAGAAACCAUACUUCUGGAGUUUUGUAAAUUUACAUCUUCUACGAAACUGAUAGACCAAAGAUGUACUUGGAUCAUUUGUAGAGAAUUGUUUUGAAUAACUUUGUAAAGUUACUUCCGGAAUAUUUUUUGUAGAAUGUUCAUCUAAAAGUAAUUUUUCAGUAACUAUCUGCAUGGUGUUAAUAAAAUUUCGUUUGAGCAUAAAA